AUGAUCAUGAAAAUGAGAACAUGGCCUGCAACCAGGUCACGAAAGCAGCUAAAAGAAGAUUCGACUCGCUGCUACUUGAUGGAACUACCAACUGAGCUGCUGCUGGAGAUUACUUCCCAUUUAACGUUGAUCCCGGAGGCUGCAUUGGCCUUGUCCUGCAAGCGCAUGUAUUGCAUCUUCGGGGAAAUCUUGACUUCGAAAUCAUUGCGAUUUACUCGCGACUUUGCACCACUUUUCCAUCAUUAUCGCAAUGGACACAACUUUGUCACACCUCGCUGGCAGUUUAUCAACUUGCUGGAAAACCCUCGAUGGCGUGCAUGCUCUAGAUGCCUCAAGUUACAUCCACGCUCCGCCUUCUCCUCUCGCGAGCUCAGACGCAAGUCAGAAACCCGUACCUGCAAUGUGGGUGAAUUAGCAGGCAUUGUGGAUCUUUGUCCCUGCAAGAAGAUUACAUUCCGCGAUAAGCGCGAUCUAAUGGAUCAGCUGCGAGUGCGGAAGAUUACACUCAACGCCCUCAAGACCGAAUUCGGUAGUUUGGUCUCAGAUAGCUACUGCUGGCACACAUGCACCGAGCAAUAUGGUCCCACAGAGUUGAAAAUUUCUUUGUUUCCUGAGCUUAAUGAAGAAGACCAGUUGGUCAUGCGCACGGAGUAUCAACUCACCACCGAGUCCGGUCAAGUUGGGAAGGAGGAAUAUAUGACUCCUCGGUUUGGCUGUGCGCAUCGUUCUGUCGACCUUUGGCUAUCAAGCGUUCACCAAACAACUAUCUGUCGCCUCUUUGAAUCCGCUUGUAGUUCCUGCCAACGGAUCUCAGUCUGCGCUGCUUGUAAUACCACACUCAAAUGUUCUCGAAAACAGCCGUCGAGUACACAUCCCUCUGGCAAAGUGACAUAUUUAUUUAAUACUGAACGAUGUCUUGGGGGUGACGGGCCUGGUCCUGAUGCCACCUGGGCCGCACAACGAAUUCAUCCAGCGGAGCCGACAGUUAGCGUGGAGAAUUGCAAUGAGCUUUGUCCUUGGACGGUUCGAGAACAUCCACCCAUGGCAUUUUCACCUACCAUAGGCGAUGAGGUUGUCUCGCCAGUCAUCGAUGAACGACCGUUAGACUCAUUGUACUCAUCGAUUCGCAUGCUGUAA